CCCGCCCCGCCUACCGACUACCGUGCCUGGCGGCUGCUGUGGACUUGUUGUGGUCUCGCGCCUCGCGGACGGCGGACAUACCCCGUCUCGGUUCCCAAACACGGCCGGGCGCCCCGGCCGCCGUUCUCCCGACAUCUCCGUUCGGGUCAUUGGGUCAACCACUAUCCUUCAUCUUCACGGCUUCACCUGCUUCUCCACUCCGCGCCCCGUCCCGCCCCGCCCCGCCCGCCGUGCGUCCUCCUCAGAUCCGUCGCACGGCGCUUCCCGCACCACUGCGCCAAGCCCAAGGUGAGCGGGCGGCGGCGCGUGCGCAGAUCAUGCACCGGUAGGAUUAACUUGCAGGAUCUUGGACUGGGAUGAUCCGCCUGUUAGUUGUCUUAUGAAGAUUAGUAAGGGGAGAAAGAAGAUGAGGAACAAACAGAGAAAAUCAUCUGCCCUCGGUUCUGAUGCAGGAUGUGGAUCUUCUUUAUCUUGUAUUGUAUGGAGCUUGGUGGGUUUUGGUCUUGUUGUGUGCUUCCUUUCCCUUAAACAUCAAGCAGACAGUGGGCAGAGCCAUGUUUACUUCAGUCCUCUACACGCGACUAGAGAAUUAGAGGACAUCGAGGAGGAUCAUUUCCGCUUGCCACCUCCUCACAAGGUGAAUCCUCGUGCAGUGAAAAGGAGGGGACCUCGUAAGCUACCAAAGAUUAUAGAUGAUUAUCUGGAGGAGUCUUCAGCAGUACAUGCACUGUUCUUUCCUGAUCAAAGGACUGCUGUGGAUCCAACAAAAGGGGGAAAUGAUAGCAUGUAUUUUUAUCCUGGUAGAGUGUGGCUGGACACUGAUGGAAACUCCAUUCAAGCCCAUGGUGGUGGGAUUAUGUAUGAUCACAAGCAUGCGAAAUUCUAUUGGUAUGGAGAAAACAAAGAUGGACCAACAUACCAAGCUCGCCCCAAAGGGCCACAGAGGGUUGACAUCAUUGGGGUAAGCUGCUACUCAUCGAAAGACCUGUGGUCGUGGACUCAUGAAGGAAUCGUGCUUCCUGGCGAGCCUACUAAUGUCACCCAUGACCUUCACAGAUCAAAGGUGCUUGAGAGACCUAAGGUGAUAUAUAAUGAUCACACUGAAAAAUAUAUCAUGUGGAUGCACAUCGAUGAUGCUAACUACACCAAAGCAUCUGUUGGUGUGGCUGUGAGCAACUCUCCGACUGGACCUUUUACUUACCUUUACAGCUUCCGUCCACAUGGUUUUGAGAGUAGAGACAUGACAGUCUUCAAAGAUGAUGAUGGAACGGCUUACCUCUUCUAUUCUUCUCGUGACAAUACUGAGCUCCACGUUAGCCCAUUGACAGAAGACUAUAUUCAGAUCACAUCAGCAAUGAAGAGAAUACUAAUAAGGCGACAUCGUGAGGCUCCGGCUGUCUUCAAGCAUCAAGGGACCUACUACAUGAUCACUUCUGGUUGCUCAGGCUGGGCUCCCAACAGGGCAUUGGCACAUGCUGCAGAGUCUAUCAUGGGCCCAUGGGAGACACUGGGAAACCCUUGCGUUGGAGGCAACAGGUUUUACCGCCUAACAACAUUCUUAUCUCAAAGCACAUUUGUGCUUCCCCUCCCUGGUUUGCCUGGUACCUUUAUCUUCAUGGCGGAUAGGUGGAGUCCGUCAAACUUGAGAGACUCCCGGUAUGUUUGGCUUCCACUGUUCAUUGGAGGGCUGGCAGAUGAACCUGUAGACUACAGUUUUGGUUUCCCUUUGUGGUCAAGGGUGUCAAUUUAUUGGCACAAGAAAUGGCGCCUCCCAGAAGAUUGGAAGGUGGGCUAUGACUGAUACUCAUUGCAAGCGCAGCGACUACAUAAGAUAGCCAGUUACACUUCAACUGAUAGAUCGUUCAGGAAUUUGCUUGAGGAUUCUAAUCACUUGUUCCUCAAGCUUUUGUACAAAACAGGCAUCCUAAACAUACUUCAAUGAUACAUUUUUUUUUCUUUGCGUGUAUAUGUGCGUGACUUUUAACUUCUGUUGGGAAAAAAAAGUGUUUCAGACAACUGUAUUGAUAAUAAUUGGGUAUGACCAUACUCUACCGUUUAUGCCAUGACAACAAGUUGCAUCU